GCUUGAUCCUCUCCCAGCACCUCGUGUCCUCCCAGCGACAGCCGCAGCGCUCUGAUUGGCUGGCUUCGUCAACGGUGGGCGGUGCCUGACGACUGUAUGCUGUUUUUCAGGCAGCAGCAGCAACACAGCGCUUCAGUUUCGCGCUUCGCUUCAGCAGCGCCCCCGUGCGGACCAAGAAAAAAGGCACAAGGAUAGGGAGCCAGGCGAGCGCCCGUGCUUUUUCUUGCCCCUCCAGCGGCGUGGGUCCCAUCAGCUCGGCUGUCCGAUGCGGAGUGAGAAUGAGUCCUGCUCUGGAAGCCCUCAUGCAGGCAGACGGGACUCCAUACCCCGGGAAAGGGGUGAUGCUUGAGCCCUUCGUGCACCAGGUGGGGGGCCACUCCUGCGUGCUGCGAUUUGGGGAGGAAACCAUCUGCAAGCCUCUCAUCCCCAGGGAGCACCAGUUCUACAAAAGCCUCCCCCCAGAGAUGAGGAAAUUCACCCCGCAGUACAAAGGUGUGGUGUCCGUCAGUUUCGAGGAGGACGAGGAAGGAAACCUGUCCCUCAUCGCCUACCCCCGCCACAGUGAGUCAGGUGACCUGGAGAACAAAGACCCCUCCUCAGACUGCGAGCCCAAAAGCAAGAUGUUAAAGUGGAGCAACAAGAAGCAGUCCACGCUGUUCCUGGAGAACGACAACUACAGUAAGGACAGAAGUCGACACAGUUGGAAGGAGGACAAGAACAUGAGCUACAACCGUGACGACGUGGUGCAGCAGAAGCAGCAGCAGGCCGAGGUUCUGUACUUCAGCCUGGAGAAAGGCAACGUUCUCCCGCAGAUCAAACACAACCCGUGGAGUCUGAAAUGUCACCAGCAGCACUUACAGAGGAUGAAGGAGAAUGCGAAGCACCGCAACCAAUACAAAUUUAUCCUUUUGGAAAAUCUGACGUGGCGCUAUAGAGUACCAUGUGUCUUAGAUUUGAAGAUGGGAACUCGCCAGCAUGGAGACGACGCGUCGGAGGAGAAGAAGGCCAAUCAGAUCCGCAAGUGUCAACAGAGCACGUCCUCCUCCAUCGGUGUGCGACUUUGUGGCAUGCAGGUGUACCAGUCAGACUCAGGUCAGCUGAUGUUCAUGAACAAGUAUCACGGCCGUAAGCUCAACCUGACAGGUUUCAAAGAAGCCCUCUGCCAAUUCUUCCACAACGGGCGUCACCUGCGUCAGGAGCUGCUCUCGCCGGUGCUGCGCCGACUCCGGGAAAUGCAGGCCGCCCUGGAGGCCUGCGAGUCCUACCGCUUUUACUCAAGCUCCCUACUUGUCAUCUACGAUGGAGACCCCCCUAGGACCUCCACUAGACCCAGGCACAGAGGAGGGGAGGAGGGCGAGGAGGACGAGCCGUCCGAUGAAGAAGAGGAGGAGGAGGAGGGAGGGGCCUACGGUCACUCCUCCCACAGCACCACGGAGGCCACCAGUCCCAUGGUGGACGUGCGGAUGAUCGACUUUGCUCACACUACCUGUCGGCACUACGGGGAGGACAGUGUGGUUCACGAGGGCCAGGACAGUGGCUUCAUCUUUGGUCUCCAGAACCUGAUUUCUAUCAUUUCCCAGCUGGAGGAUCACAGUAGCGACUGAAGCUGCACUCGGACUAUUAUGGUCUGAAAUCACAGUCUGCGGGGUAAAAAAAAAGCUCACUGAGUUUUAAAGCCCACUGCCCACACAAGGUGCGAUAUUGUUAAGCCUACGUGGGGUUUGACCCUCCCGUGCUUGGAGAGAUCCUGAGAAACCUCGGGGUCAGCGGAGAGGCCCGUGCGGUGGUCGUGUCCUCUCCUUCCACUGCCGGAGGACGGCCGUGCUUGUGCUCUUCACGUGCACUUUCCUCUUUGUGAGACUGCUCAUUUGCUUUGUUACUUGUGGUAGCAGGAGGUGUGUGUGUUUGUGUGAAACCAGGGACUCGUGGAGCUCCGGUCUGUCAGAGCCUCCCUCUGCGAAGCAGACAGAGUUUCUUUAUUGCAAAGUUCUCUCUGAGAGAGAAGGGCAGGGCGGAGGUGAGUGAAGCUCAUCUGAGCUGCCAGGAGCCUGCUGUGGUGCUUCACCUGUGUUGUUGCAUUGUUGUUGUUGUUGUUGUUGUUGUUGUUUUUUUUAUGAAGAUGAAGUUUGGACUAGCAGUUGUUAACAGUGACAGAGGUGACCGUUCAAGCUGACCUCCACUGGCUCGUUCAGCCGUCUUGUAGCAAUUGACAACUUAAGCUUUUGAUAAGGACUUUUGUGUGUUAUGAACCCCAUGACAACCGUUCGUGUGUAUGUGUGCGUGCCUGAGUGAGUGAGUGAGUGAGUGUGUGUGUGCGUGCGUGUGUGAGUGUGUGUGUCCACUGGGCAUGUGAAUUUACUCUCUCGGGUGAAAGAAGCAGAAAACUUGAUUCUGGAAGAAGGCUCUGCCUUUUUCAGGAGUUGCUCUUAAAUCUUUCUUUGCUUGAAAACAGUCGUCAUGAAAGGGGGAUAAUGAAGGGAUAUUUUCCUUGUUCUGUCACUUUUCCUUGUUUCUGUCGGAUGGUUUUUCCUUUUCAUUCCCAAACUGUUGACUUAACAGAGAGAAUAUAUUGGUUAAAAGCAAAACGGUAGGAUAUGAUAUAAGACUACACAGAGAUUAUUUAUUUAAAAACAUUGUUUAAUAAUGGAAAAAAAAAAGUGGAAACGUGUACAUUCCAUAUUACCACUCUAAAUGUUCGGAUACCACCUUUCAUUUAUUUUGUUUAUUGACAGAGGAGAUGCCUCUCUUGUAUACUGGUUUGUAAACGUGUCUUGCAUAAUAAAGACAUAAAUUUUAAAAAAA